AUGGAAAGUGAUGAGCUAAUUCCUAUUGAAAUUGAGUAUGAAAGAGAAGACCUUAACUUGGAAGAUGAACUUGAUGAAGUGGCUGAACUUCCUCCACCAAAGAAGGCUAAGACUAAGUCUAAGAAUAAGACAAACAAUAAAGACAAGAAAAGGAGGAGGACUUCAACCUUUUGGCAUUUCUUUCAGAUGCUUCCCACAAAAGAUGAAGAAAAGCCUACAGGCAAAAGCAAGAAGGGUGGAAAGGUAUAUAUUGCUGCGAGGGCAUAUGGUACUGGAAAUUUGAAGCGGCAUUUGAAGGUAUGUCCAAGAAAGGACACAACGGAUGUUGGGCAGCUUAUACUUGGCCAAAAUGCAAUGUUUGUAAGUUCACCUAAAUUUGAUCCUGCAACAUUUAGGGAGUUGUUAUGUGCUGCAAUUAUAAUGCAUGAAUUACCUUUCCAGUUUGUUGAGUAUGUUGGUAUACGGGCAAUAUUUUCAUACUUGUGUGUUGAUGUCCCUAAUAUCUCUAGAAAUACUACUAAGAAUGAUAUGGUUAAGAUGUAUAAGAGGGAAAAAGAAAGGGUGAAAUCUGUGUUGGCAUCUGUUCCUGGUAGAGUUUGUUUGACAUCUGAUUUGUGGACUUCUAUAGCAAUUGAUGGUUAUAUGUGUAUUACAGCUCAUUUUAUUGAUGCUAAUUGGGUCUUACAGAAAAUAGUGUUGAACUUUUGCUUUAUGCCACCACCACAUAAUGGUGUGUCUUUGUUUGAAAAUGUCUAUAAAUUGCUAUCUAUGUGGGGCAUUGAGAAUAAGAUUUUUUGUGUGACGUUGGACAAUGCUUCUUCCAAUGAUAUUUCUGUUGACAUGCUUAGAACUCAAUUGAAAAAUAAGAAAGCACUUGUUUGUAAUGGUGAAUUUUUUCAUCUUUGUUGUUGUGCUCAUAUUCUCAAUUUGGUUGUACAAGAUGGUUUGAAAGAAAUUGGUGUUGUUGUUCAAAAAAUUUGUGAAAGCAUUAAGUAUAAAGAAAGCGAUAAUGAGGAUGAGUAUAUGAGAAAAAUGGCAGAUCAAAUGCUUGUGAAAUUUGAGAAGUAUUGGAUAGAAUUUAGUGUUGUGUUGGCCAUAGCAGUGGUCUUGGACCCUAGGUAUAAGCUGCCUUUUAUUGAUUGGUGCUAUUAG